UGCGCUGCGCUCUCAGUCAGUUCAUGACAGCAGGAGUCUUCAGGUGGACCUUCUCCAUCGUCUGUGCGGUGACUCCUGGACCCGGUCCAGAAUCCUUCCUGCUUUAACUCAGCCGGAGUAAAAACCCAGAGUCCAGAGAUCCAGAUCCCGACAGGAGAACUUUCUGGUCCGCCCGGCGUGUGAUGUGACCUCCUGGACGGUCCUUCCUCCACAUCACAGAAGACCAGAGAAGAUGGCGGCUCUGGCUGCAGGCCUGCGGGCAGCGGGGGGUCUCAGAGCCAGAAGAUACGCAUCUCCUCUGAUACCAGCGAUGCUUCUUCUCUUGCUGCUGUGUCUGCAACCGUCAGAGUCCAGAACUGAUCCAGAAACCAGAACCUGGAGCCAGACUGGACCACGGCUGCAGCUCUCAUACUCAGAUCUGAGGAACGGCUCAGCGCUCCACUGGAGAGGCGGGGUCAGCGGAGGCUACCAGGUCCUGCUGCUGGACGAGGACCGCGGCUGGCUGCUGGUCGGAGGGAAGGACCACGUCUACCUGCUGAGCCCCGACAACCUGGAGCGCCCCGCCCACAAGGUCCACUGGCCUGCUGCUCGAGAACAUGUGGAGCUCUGCAGGCUGGCAGGAAAAAGUCUGGAGAGAGAUUGUGCCAACUUUGUUCGCGUGCUGCAGCCUUUCAAUAAGACUCACGUUUACGCCUGCGGCACCGGUGCUUUCCAUCCACAGUGUACGUACCUGCAGCUCGGCCACAACCCAGAGGAGCCGCUGUUGAAGUUGUCCCACACGGUGGAGUCAGGACGAGGGAAAUGUCCCUUCAGUCCCAGGGAGCCCUUCGCUGUGCGGCUGACCGAUGGUGAACUGUAUGCUGGGACUUCAGUCGACUUCAUGGGAGCCAACGCAGCGAUAUUCCGCACGUCUGUUCAGGGCAGCAGUCAGCAUUACAUCCGUACCGAGGCGUACGAUCACAACUGGCUCAACGAGCCGGACUUCGUGGGCUCCUUCUCCAUCCCUGACACCCACAGUCCAGACGAUGAUAAAGUUUACUUCUUCUUCAAGGAGAAGGCGGUGGAGGCCGGCCAGUGGGACAAGACGGUCUACAGCCGCGUGGCUCGAGUCUGCAAGAAUGACGUCGGUGGGAAGAGGAGUCUGAUCAACCGCUGGACCACCUUCCUCAAAGCCCGACUGGUCUGUUCUGUUCCCGGUCCGUCUGGAGUCGAUACUCACUUUGAUGAGCUGGAGGACAUUUUUGUUCUGGAAACCAAGGAUCCUCAGAACCCGACCAUCUACGGCGUCUUCAGGACCUCCAGCUCCAUCUUCCAGGGCUCGGCGGUGUGCGUCUACUCCAUGGCCUCCAUCCGUGCCGCCUUCAAUGGACCGUUUGCCCACAAAGAAGGUCCUGACUACCGCUGGGUGGAGUACAAGGGCCGCGUCCCUUACCCCAGACCUGGAACGUGUCCCAGCGAGACGUACGACGCUCUGCACAAGUCCACCAAGGACUUCCCAGACGAGGUGGUGAGCUUCAUGCGGCAGCACCAGCUGAUGUGGGAACCCGUCCUGCCUCUGGGCGGCCGACCCGUCCUGACCCGGGUCAACGGCCCGUCCCUGCUGAAGAAGGUUGUUGUGGACCGAGUGGAGGCUCAGGAUGGGCCGUAUGACGUCUUACACCUGGGAACAGAUGAUGGGAAGGUGGUGAAGGCUGUGUCAGUCAUCAGAGACAACUGGGAAACAGAGGAGGUUAUUCUGGAGGAACUCACCGUCUUCCAGACUCCUACUCCCAUCCUGAGCAUGGAGCUGUCCACUAAGCGAGAGCAGCUGUACGUCUGCAGUGAGCUUGGCCUGGUCCAGUUGGGGCUGCAGAGGUGUGAGUUCUACGGGUCGGACUGUGCUGCAUGCUGCCUGGCCAGAGACCCGUACUGCUCCUGGGAUGGACAGACCUGCUCCAGAUACUUCCCCACCAGCAGGAGGCGAGCUCGCAGACAGGAUGUGAAGGAUGGAGACCCCUGGAGUCAGUGCCCAGUCACAGAGGAAGAUUCAGACUCUGUGGAGGUGAAGGUGGUGUUUGGUGUUGAGGGAAACUCCUCGUUCCUGGAGUGCGUUCCUCGGUCGCUGCAGGCUGAGCUCAGCUGGACGGUGCAGCUGUCAGAGAGCCAGCAGGAAACUGUCAGACAGAUGCCUCUCAGAGAUGAGGAUCGCUUCCUCCGCAUGAAGAGAGGGUUGCUGGUUCAACACCUGGAGCUGACUGAUGCAGGCCUCUACACCUGCGCCAGUCAGGACCACUCCUACAGCCAGGUCCUGAGCCGGUACCGAGUUCACAUCAUCCCCAACCACAGCCUGCAUCCAGCCCACUACCUGCAGAACCUCAGUCCCAACCACCCAGACCUCCUGAGCCUGGUGAGGACCGGCCCGGCUGGAGGAGGAGUCGCUGGGUUUCUGGGUCAGUCUGAGGCCGCUCCUCUGUCGCCACACAGGAACUCAUGGCUGCCUCCUCUGAGGAGCUACAAAGACCUGCAGAUGGUGGGAACCAACAGUCUGAGCGUGGACGAGUACUGCGAGCAGCUGUGGUACCGGGAGAAACGCAGACAGCAGAAACUUCGCAGUCUGAAGCUGAAACAGGAGAGCCGGAAGGCUCGGGUCAGGAGGAACAACCCUCCUGAGAUCCCCCUCUAGUCCCCUGGAGGACAAGGAGACUUUUAAAGACAACAGAUCCUGCACAUCCACAAUGGACGGGUCGCAGGGAGACAGGAAGUACUGUAACAUCAGCUGUUACACAGUAUUAUUCAGCCUUAAAAUAUUCAAACAGAACAUGAUGCAUCAAGCCAUAGACGUCUUAAAGUUGUUCUUCAGCCUUUCAUUCAGCCCUUAAAACUGAUCUGGGAUAAUUUAUAGAACCAAAGGUAGAUCUUUGUCUGGUUCUGAACUGAGUUCCUCAGAAAUAUCUCCUGAUUCAUGUCUCAGAUAUCGUUUCCAUCACCACUGCUGUUUGCUGCUGAUUUCUGUGGAAAAGUGUCUGGAAAAAACUAGACGGGUUCAGAAAAAAAAA